UCUUAAUCAAGAAUAAUAUCGAUCAUGUGGAGGCUCAAGGUUGCAGAUGAGGGACUUCAAUCAACCAGCACUGCUGCUAACUCGUACCUUUACAGCACCAACAAUUUUGUGGGAAGACAAACAUGGGAAUUCGAACGUGACUUUGGCACGCCGGAGCACCGAGAAGAGGUGGAGAAAGCUCGUCAAGACUUCUGGGAUCGCCGUCAUAGUGUCAAGCCGAGCCAUGAUCUUCUUUGGCGGCUUCAGUUCUUACACGACAAAAAAUUCAAGCAAAAUAUACCACAAAUGAAAGUAGGAGAGGGCGAGGACAUCACUUACGAGGCGACAACAGCCGCCAUAAAAAGGGCCGUCAGCUUAGUCGCAGCGCUGCAAGCAAGUGAUGGCCAUUGGCCCGCAGAAAACUCCGGUCCAUUGUUCUUUCUUCCACCGCUGGUUAUGGUUUUAUACAUUACUGGCCAUCUCAAUAUAGUUUUGCAAGACGCGCAUAAAAGGGAAAUGCUUCGCUAUAUCUAUUGCCACCAGAAUGAGGAUGGUGGAUGGGGUCUUCACAUACAGAGCCACAGCGUAAUGAUAUGCACGGUGCUGAAUUAUAUAUGCAUGCGCAUACUGGGGCAGGGCCCCGAUGGCGGCGAAAACAAUGCCUGCGGCCGAGCAAGAAAAUGGAUACUCGAUCACGGCACUGCAAAAGCAAUACCCUCUUGGGGAAAGAUAUGGCUUUCAGUAUUUGGAGUGUAUGAUUGGUCAGGAAACAACCCCAUCCCACCAGAAUUUUGGCUUCUCCCUUCAUUUUCUCCUGUUAAUCCAGCCAAAUUAUGGUGCUACUCCAGAUUGGUUUACUUGCCCAUGUCAUAUCUAUAUGGCAAAAAAUUUGUAGCUUCAAUCACUCCUCUUAUUUUACAAUUAAGAGAAGAAGUGUAUGAUCAACCUUACGAACAGAUCGAGUGGACGAGCACUAGACAUCUAUGCGCGAAGGAGGACCUCUACUACGCUCGUUCGUUGACACAAACCUUAAUUUGGGAUGCAUGUUAUUUAUUAAUCGAGCCUGUGUUGAGCAGUUGGCCUUUGAACAAGUUGAGAGAAAAGGCCCUGAAAGAAACGAUGAAGCAUGUUCAUUACGAAGAUGAAAAUAGCCGGUACAUCACUAUAGGGAACGUGACGAAGGUGUUAAGCAUGUUGGCUUGUUGGGUGGAGGAUCCGGACGGGGAAUAUUUCAAGAAGCACCUUGCUAGAGUCCCCGACUACUUAUGGGUUGCUGAAGAUGGGAUGAAAGUCCAGAGCUUUGGGAGUCAGUUGUGGGAUGCUUGCUUUCUUGUACAAGCGUUGAUAGCUAGCGACAUGACAGAUGAUGUCCGGGAGACUUUGCGAAAGGGGCAUGAGUUCAUAAAGAAAUCUCAGGUGAAGGAUGAUCCGUCGGGCGACUUUCAAGGAAUGAACCGUUGUAUUUCUAAGGGCUCGUGGACGUUUUCAGACAAAGAUCACGGGUGGCAAGUGUCGGAUGCAACUGCAGAAGCCUUAAAAUGUUGCCUUCUCUUAUCUACGAUGUCAGCUGAGAGUGUUGGAGACAAAAUGGAGACCCAAGGACUUUACAGUGCUGUCAACUUGCUGCUUUCCUUGCAAAGUAAAAAUGGUGGGAUCGCUGUAUGGGAGCCCGCACAAGCUGCCGAGUGGCUAGAGAUAUUAAAUCCUACAGAAAUUUUUGCUGACAUUGUUAUCGAGCACGAAUAUGUUGAGUGCACAUCAUCAGUUAUCCAAGCCCUUAUUUUGUUUCAAAAGAUGCAUCCACAUUAUCGACAAAAAGAGAUCAGGAGCUUCAUUGUGAAAGCUAUUGACUAUAUUCAAAGUGCUCAAAGACACGAUGGUUCAUGGUAUGGAUUUUGGGGGAUUUGUUUUAUAUAUGGUACUUGGUUUGCAAUUGAGGGACUAACAGCAAGUGGAAGAAAUUAUGAUAAUUGCCAUAGUGUUAAAAAAGGAGUUGAAUUUCUACUAAAAACUCAAAGGAGUGAUGGUGGGUGGGGAGAAAGCUAUCUUUCGUGUUCCAAAGAGGAAUAUGUCCCAUUGUCACAAGAAAAGGAAUCAAAUUUGGUUCAAACAGCAUGGGCAACGAUGGCUUUAAUCCGUUCAGGACAGGGUGACAGGGACCCCACGCCAUUACACCGUAGUGCAAAGUUUCUAAUAAACUCUCAAUUGGAAAAUGGUGAUUUUCCUCAACAGGAAACUACCGGAGCGUUUAUGAAGACUUGUGUAUUACAUUAUCCCUUGCACAAAAACACAUAUCCAUUGUGGGCUCUUGCAGAAUAUCGCAACCAUAUAUUCGGAAUCGAGAACAUACAUGGAUCACCAUAUUUAGGAGAAAGCUACGUUGCAAAACAUCAGAUACGCUCUCUCUAGUGAUUAUACAUUCGUCUCCUCGUGGUCUCUUCUAAUUUGCGCAAAGAUCUUUAAAAAAAUUGCAUAUUUCGGCACUUGCUUGAUCUCAUUCAAGAGAGGUAUACUCAGUUUCACCUUUCGAAAAAUCUCCAUCAUCUUCUUAUUUUUGCAAUUCUUCUUAGGAUGAGUAAGUAUUUCAGAGGUUACCUUGUCUGAUGUUUCAUUUGCUGGCUUACUAUAUCUCUUUCUCAAUAUCAUCCAACAUUCAUGUCCAUUAGAACUCUAACUUUUGAUACUUCAAAUUCUUCGUCACCUCAUAUAACAAUCGAGCUCACAUUCUUUGGAUUAGUAUCGGGUUGCGAGCGCAAUUUGCCUUUUUCCCUUGACUUUAUCUCUCGUAUCUCAUUCGUCACUUGA